CGUAAGUGUUGUUUACAACCGAAAAGUACAGGAAGUGGAUUCUUUGAGUAGCUUUAUCGCUAUUGGUAAUAAUUUCAAUAGGUUACUCAAGUAUUCCAAUACUUAUCAGUUUGUAUUGUGUAAAUAACCUAAAUUUCAAACAUUGCCUUUUUGUGGUAAUAAUAGCCCAAGGCUUAGGCUUAAGCCUUAGGUUUUAAUAAGGGGGCGGCGCCUUAGAAUUAGACGUGAUUUGACUUUACUUUUACCGACAAUAUUAUUAAGUCAAAGUCUUAACUUAGAGCCUUAGGUCUUAGUGAUUCAUAGUUUUUCUUUAGUUAGAACUCUUCUUAGGCCUUACUAACUUAGUACAUGUAGUAACUCUUUGGCCUCACUAAUACUUACGACUUAGGCCUUCUUGACUUAGCCUUAAGCUAGGCUAGGUCUAGAUUAGGCUAGAAGCAAAGCAAGGGUAGCCCUAGUUAGGGCAGUUACAGUUAGGCCUAUCUAAUCCAAUGGAGUAGGUCUAGAGUUUUAAAUUUUACUAGGAGUGGUAGUACUACUAAUAGUACUAGCUUAGUGCUGCUUAACCUAAAUAAAUUCUAAACGUUCUGUCAUGAAUUAUUUAAUUAUAUAAAUAUUAAUAGAAUAAAUUAUAAGUAUAAGACAAAAAUAAGAUAAUAUUGUCAUUAUUUUAGACAUUAAAAUUUUAAUUACAAAUCGUGAAAUGAAUUUUAAUUAAUUAUUAAUUAAUGGUAUGCAGGGCCGGCUCAAGGUACUCAAUUAUGAAUAGGCCUAAAUAAUAGUAAUUGACUUCGGCUAAGGCUAAAGUUAAAGGUAGUUAUGGAUGCCAGACAUUCAGGUUAGGAUUCAGGUUAGGCAUAGGUUUUAACCAAAUGGCGACCAUUGAGAAAAUAGUGGCAUCAUACUCACCAUUUACCUUGAAUUCUACUAAAAGCAGUAGUACUAGUACUAGCUGGUAUAGCUUAGUCUUAGUGCUGCUAAGCCUUAAGUCUAAAAUUUCUGUUAUGAAUCUUAUAAAUUAUAUAUUUUUUGAUCAUUAUUUUAGACAUUGGAAAUCAGGAAAGGAAUUAAAUUAAUUUAAAUUAAUUAUUAAUUAAUACUGGUAUGCAGUGCUGGCUCAAGGUCCUGGUAACUCGGGAAGUUGCCCAUGAUAAAAAAUUUUUUUUUUAAAUGUAUGAUGUUACACAAGAUCUUUACAUUUACACCCCACUCCCCCUAGUCACAGACUGUAAAAUUUUCUUAGACUCCCUACCCUCCCCCAGGAGCAUGAAAUACUUUAUGAACAAACCAUAUAGCCUAUUACCUAUAGCCUAGUAAUAUGGCUUUAUUAUAUUAUGUCAUUGAUAUUUAAAAAUGUUCUCUUGUCUGCGGGUCAAAGGAGUCUGUCGACUAAAUGUUUAGAAACACCACGCCCCCUUCUAGGUAUUUGAAAAUAUUGGCAUAACACUGAAAAAUUACUGAAAAUUUUAUUUGGCGGGGAUGGGAGGUGGGGACUGAGUUACAUCAUGAACUACGAUAUUGUAAGACAGCCCUGCAAGCAGUGCCUCUGAGUCUAAUCCAACCUCUGUACUUUUUUGGCGAUUACCAGGACAAUGUUUAAUCAGUUUUUUGCUAAAAUAUGAAUAUCAGUUUUGUCUGAGAUUGGGGAAAAAGGGAAGAAAAUUAUAAAGAUGACAACAAAUGGUAAGGGGGCCUCUCCAUAAAUGAAAGCAUGCUUUUUCGGACUCCUCCUCCCCAAUUGUCACGAAUUUGUCCCACAAUUUAGACACCCUUAAAAAUGUCAUUAUAAAUCAUCACUAGUGUGACAUCAUUUACGGAUGGCCUCUUAUAGAACAUGAAUUUCUUUUUACAUUUUUUAUGUUUUUAAAUCACUUUAAAACCAGAGAAAUGUUCAAAAAGAUCCUUGUGUCACACUUAAAUAAAGUGCAGUUAUUGUCCAUUUUACUCUUUCCCUAGAUCCAACGCUUCAAUCCAAUCAUGCUAAUUACAUUAUUUAAUAAUAAAUAAUAAUAGAAAUACUUUUUUGACACAGUUGACGGGUUGUUUGCUCAACUCGGAUCGGAUCCUAAGUUCUCUAGAUGCCCUGGUGCUUAUUAUAUUUUUAAUGAUUCUUUUUUUUUAACAUUUCAGGUGCGCUGUAUGACAGUAGUAUUAUACUCUCUGUGAAAUGGUUAUAUGUCAAUUUCAAAGUAAAAAUAUGCUUGAGGUCUGGAGAAUACCUGGACAUGUCUUAGUAUGCUCCAUUCUAAUUCUCUUCAUAGCCAGAGGUAAGAUUCUAAUUCUCUUCAUAGCCAGAGGUAAGAUUCUAAUUCUCUUCAUAGCCAGAGGUAAGAUUCUAAUUCUCUUCAUAGCCAGAGGUAAGAUUCGCACCAGAUAACAUCUUGCUGUUAUGACAAUAUAUUUAUAUCAGGAAGAGUUUUGAGAUUUGGGAAUAUAUUUUUAAUUUUUAAAAAAAUAUUCAUCUCAAGCUAUAAAUAAAAAGAAAUGGAUUUUUUUUUCCUUAUUUUUUGGAGGUGUUUAGAAUAUAAGCACAAAGUUCAGGAAUACCAAAAAGUUAAAAGUUUUAUUCUACUUAUAAAAACACAACAUUAAAAAAAACCUUUAUCAAACAGAUCAGAAGUAGAGAAUACAUAAUAAAGUCAUGAGGUACAUGUCAGAUUAUAUGACAUUAAAUAUGGGCUGAGAACAAUAUAGCUUCAUUUAUUGAAACAAACACUCAAAAAAUGUGUUACUGGUCAACAUUUUGUUGAUUUUUUAAACUCAAAUAUAUUAUAGUUUUUCCUUUUUGAGUGUCAGUCAUAUUGAUCAUAAAGAAAAAAUUUCCUCUUCAGAUAUAUUUUCAUUUGUAUAUAUUAUUCAAGGCAUGCAUUUAUUUGAAAAAAAAAUAAAAUAAAUAUACAUCCAAUGUUUAAAAAAAAUGUUUCUAAAGUAAAAAUUAGGUUAAACAAUAAUCUCAUCAAAUUCCAAAUUGCCAUGGUUACAUGCCCUAUCUUAAUAGUCUUUUUGUUAAAUCUACAGUCUCCUACAGUGCAUGUCCACCUGACGAUGUUGUUACCUAUGAGGUCAUACCAGAAGAUCAGUAUGACAGGUUGGCUUGUUAUGUCUCAGCUGUUAUUGUUAUUGUUUUUGUUAUUGCUAUUGUUAUUAUUAUUGUUUUUUCAUAGAGUUCACAAUGAAACGUACUGGGCCGUCAAUUACAAUCAACUUGAUGGAGCUAAAAAAUGUGCUGUUAAAUAAUAAUUUGUAUAAUGAAGAAUAACUACUAAACCUCUUUCUACAAUACAAAACAGAUAUAUGGUGUUGCUAAUAAGAGCCUCAAAGAUUUGACAAAAUAAAAAGAGAAUUCUGUAGCCCUAAUCAACACAUCACAUCCGCCAAAUGGCGGAUCAGAUGCGGACAUAAGGGCCAGAAUUGGAAAAGCUAGCAUUCGUGCUAUUAAAGAAAAUAUGGGAGUCGAAGGAGCUGAAACUCCAAACCAAAGUCAGAAUCUUUAAUACAAAUGUCAAAACUGUCCUACUAUAUGGUGCAGAAACUUGGAAAACAACAUUGAGCCUUAUGCAGAAAGUGAAGACAUUUUUAAGGACAUCAUAAGCAUAAAUCAAAUGGCCAAAUACUGCCAAUAACAAAUAUCUACUAGAAAGGACAUACCAGGUGCCCAUUGAUGAACAUAUCAUAAAGAAAAGGUGGAGGUGGAUAGAGCAUACGCUCCGAAAACCCCCAGAUAGCACCACCAGACAAUGCCUAACAUGGAACCCACAGGGAAAAAGAAAGAGAGGAAGGCCUAAGAAUACAUGGAGACGCGAGCUAGAGGCAGACAUGCAAAAUGUGGGAUACACCUGGAAGCAAUUGGAAAGGAAAGCACAGGACCGUGAGGAGUGGAAAGUUCUUGUAGACGGCCUAUGCCCCAGACGGGGUAGAAAGGCAUAAAGAAAGAAGAAAAAUAAUCAACACAUCCAUGGUAUUGCAAAUGAGAGUUACAAAGAGGUGACAUAAGGAAAGGAAAACUCUAAAACCCGAGUCUGGCGACAAUUUCCAAGAGCCAAAAGUCCACCAAAAUUCUAUUUUUUAAAGGAUGUGCAGCACUUUUGUUUUAACUUGUCCUUGUUUAAAGGAUUCAUUUCCAGAUGUUGUUUUAAGUUUUCUUAAGUCAUUUUGUUUCCUAAAUUUAAAUGUUUUGUUUAUGUCAUAAAAAGUAUAAAAUUUGGUGGCCUUGUUCUACUAGGCUAUUAGGCAGCCUUGUUGUUUUACUAGGCAAAUUAGUAGCCUCGUUCUACUAAAUAAUUUGGUAGCCGUGUUCUAUUAUGAAGUUUGUUAGCCUUGUUCUUCUAAGCCAGGGGUGUCAAACUCAAUCGCUCAGCGGGCCAAAACUCAAAUCACGCAUAAGGUUGCGGGCCAAAACUCAAAUCACACAUAAGGUUGUGGGCCAAAACUCAAAUCACACAUAAGGUUGCGGGCCAAAACUCAAAUCACACAUAAGGUUGCGGGCCAAAACUCAAAUCACACAUAAGGUUGCGGGCCAAAACUCAAAUCACACAUAAGGUUGCGGGCCAAAACUCAAAUCACACAUAAGGUUGCGGGCCAGAACUCAAAUCACACAUAAGGUUGCGGGCCAAAACUCAAAUCACACAUAAGGUUGCAGGCCAAAACCCAAUUUACACGCAAGGUUGUUGGCCAAAACUCAAAUCACACCUAAGGUUGCUGGCCAAACAGGAUAAACAUUCAAUAAGCGGAAACUUAAUCUUUUAAAAAAAAACUUUUAUAUAAAUAAAAACAGAAAAGCGUUUAAUAAUUAAAAAUCAUUGGCAUGCCCAUGUUCGUUCUUAUGGGAAUUUGUUAGAGUUGGAGGCUUGGCACAUUUUCUUAGCUACAAAAACAAGUAAGCUGGUUUAUGUUGGGAGUAACAUCUGCGUCAUUGAGAUUCUCAUGAUUGACUGCAAGUGUUCAUCAGUGAGACAACUCAUGUGUGAUGUUUUGUUAAUCUUCAUCACAGAAAACAGCUGCUCACACAUAUAUGUCCUACCCAACAUGCUCAAAGUUCAAGGCACAUGAAGACAAAGCUGGGGCAUCUCUACAGGAAUGAAACGAGUGAACUGUGCAGGCCCAACUGUGUCGUACUUUGCUUUUAGUGUCCCAUUACACUGCAGCUCUAUUAGUUCCAUCUGCAAAUUUACAGGUGCAGUUUCCACGUCUAUGACAAAUGGGUUACGAAACAGCUCGAAAUUACAGGGUUACGAAACAGCUCGAAAUUACAUUUCUGUGCUUCAAGGUCACUAAAGCACGAACUCGGAGCGAAGUAAGCUAAGUUUUUCAGCAAAGUGUGCAUUGGGAAACACCAUAGCGUUGACUUGGAUAUAAUUUUACGCCGGUCAAGACCUCACGGGCCUGAUAUUAUUGUACGGGGGGCAGGAUGUGGCCGCAGGCCUUGAGUUUGACACAUGUGUUCUAGGCUAUUUGGUAGCCUUGUUCUACUAGGCUAUGAGGUAGCUUUGUUCUACUAGGCAAAUUGGUAGCCUUGUUAUACUAGGCUAUUAGGUAGCGUUAUUGUUCUACUAGGCAAAUUUAUAGCCUUGUUCCACUAGACAAUGGGGUAGCUUUGUUCUACUAGGCUUUUAGAUAGCCUUUUUGUUCUACUUUCUGUAAUUAUGAGGUUGAACCACAUGUUGAUCAUUGAGGUCCUAUAACUAGGAGGUUGAACAACAUGUUGAUCAGUGAGCAGAUUAUUUAUCUUUACAGAAAAUACAAUAAAGUUUAUUUUUUUAAAAAUUGAAUCCCAGUGCUAUAGACCUGGUCAAUAGAGCUGGAAAAUAGAUCUGGUCAAUAGAGCUGGCAAAUAGAUCUGGUCAAUAUAGCUGACAAAUAGAUCUGGUCAAUAUAGCUGGCAAAUAGAUCUGGUCAACAUAGCUGGCAAAUAGAUCUGGUCAAUAUAGCUGGCAAAUAGAUCUGGUCAAUAGAGCUGGCAAAUAGAUCUGGUCAGUAGAUCUGGCAAAUAGAUCAGGUCAAUAGAGCUAGCAAAUAGAUCUGGUCAAUAGAGCUGGCAAAUAGAUCUGGCAAAUAGAUAUGGACAAUAGAGCUGGCUAAUAGAUCUGGUCACUAGAGCUGGCAAAAAAUAUGGUCAAUAGAGCUGGCAAAAAAUAUGGUCAAUAGAGCUGGCAAAUAGAUAUGGUCAAUAGAGCUGGCAAAUAGAUAUGGACAAUAGAGCUGGCAAAUAGAUCUGGUCACUAGAGCUGGUCAUUACAUCUGAGUAGAUACAGAUUUGAAAAUUACCUCCACGUUUUACUGAAACUUUGUCUUUCAAUUUCUUUAUUGCAAGCACAAACAGUUCAAAGGUCAUGAGAAAUAAAUUAAAAUGUUUUAUUGUAAAUGUUUUAUGUUAUGCUGCAUGCGUUCUGCUUUCUUAAAAAAUGACCAGAGAUAAAGGCAGUCGAUAAUAGUAUAAUAAAAUAUUAACUCAAGUCUGUGUUCUGUGUCACAACUAACUUUUACUUACCAUUCUGCAUUCCUUUUAUACCUCACAUUACAUGAUUACCCACUCCAGUUCUCCAACCAAUAUUCACACCUUUAAGUUUAAACAUUCAUGAAAACAACUCACCACUUCCAGUCAUACAACAUGACAACAACAUAAGACUGAGCUGCUCCCCAUCGCGACCGCUCAGAAGCAAAAAUCUGCAAAUAACACUACAUCCAUUACUCUCUCAGGUGUGCGUUUUGAGUUAGCACAAACAGUGCCGUACAUGGGUGUCUACCUAGAUGGAAGACUAACUUUUGAAAGUCAUAUUAACAUGCUAUGCAAGGCGAUUUUUCUAGAGCUGCGCAGGAUUAGUCACAUCAGGCCCUUCCUAACAAUUGAUGCAACAAAGAGGCUGAUGUCUGCAUUUGUGCUAUCACGCAUGGACUAUUGCAAUGCUCUUAUGGUGGGUCUUCCAGCUACGCUCCUGGAUAAAGUUCAAAUAGCACAGAAUAAUGCGGCUCGCAUUGUUCUCCGCAAACGCAAGUUUGACCAUGCAAAAACCCUUCUGAGAGAGUUGCAUUGGCUGCCGGUGCGUGCUCGCAUAGAGUACAAAAUCGCAACUUUGUGCUACCGCUGCUUACAUGACCUGGCGCCGUCCUAUCUGAAAGAUCUGCUGACGCCUUAUGUACCCAGUAGAGAGCUCCGCUCAUCCGAUAGUGGCAAACUCUCGACACCACGUGUUUGCCUUGAGACUUACGGAAAGCGCACUUUCGCAUUUGCUGGUCCAACAAUUUGGAUAACUCUCGACACCACGUGUUUGCCUUGAGACUUACGGAAAGCGCACUUUCGCAUUUGCUGGUCCAACAAUUUGGAACGCCCUUCCUGUCGAUCUUAGAAACAACCAGACACUGGAGUCCUUUAAAACCGAUCUAAAGACACAUCUAUUUCGCAAAUACCUUCUGGGAUGAUUGUCUACCUUCUUUUCCAUGUGUUGCUGUGUUGCUCCGGGUUGAAAUGGCUAGAAAGACUUUGAUAUUGUAUGCUUGUAAUUAGUUUUUGUAGUGUUGUGUUUGUUUUAAAUGUGGUGAAUUAUAGAUAUUUUUUGUUGACUUUGUACCGCGCUUCGAGCCUUUGGGGAUGAAGCGUGUUUUUGAAAUGAACUUUAUUAUUAUUAUUAAUCAGGUCACAAAGUUCAAGCAAUACACACUACAACAAAAAUCAUCAGUCACUCAUACAGUCACUCAUACAGUCACACAAUCUUCAUCUCCAAGUGAGGGGUUUAUUUUCUGGACAGAAUCCUUCAGCACCAAAGCCAUCAAAUCAUCUUCUCACUAAAUUAUAAUUAAGUAUUGACUAAUGGAGAGAUAUUGUCCUCAGGAACUAUUCAUCUAUUGGAUCAGAUGGCAAACGACCACUGGGCUUUAUGAAAGCAACAUGGUCUUACAAUCAGAACAAUCCAAAUCCAUGUAUUUUGCUGAAAGACACUUCUGGAAGGAGAGUGGAGAUCAUGGUGAGAGUUUUAGUGCUGUAGCAGUCAGAUGUCUUUAGUGUUUUAGAUGAAGGAUCUUGUAGCAGUCAGAUGUCUGUAGUGUUUUAGAUGAAGGAUCUUGUAGCAGUCAGAUGUCUGUAGUGUUUUAGAUGAAGGAUCUUGUAGCAGUCAGAUGUCUUUAGUGUUUUAGAUGAAAGAUCUUGUAGCAGUCAGAUGCCUUUAGUGUUUUAGAUGAGGGAUCUUGUAGCAGUCAGAUGUCUGUAGUGUUUUAGAUGAAAGAUCUUGUAGCAGUCAGAUGCCUUUAGUGUUUUAGAUGAAGGAUCUUGUAGCAGUCAGAUGUCUUUCCAUUUAAUUACUGGCGGUUUUGUAAAUUGUUCUGUAACUAUUUGAAACAUAUUUUAAAAUCAACAAAUUCUGAAAUUUCCCAUUAAGGGGUGUGGACUUGUUAUUAUAGGUAUAAAUUACGGUUUCUCGUCCGGUAUCUGCAUGAUUUUUAUUAAACAAAAGUCUUCCCGGGAAAUUUUGCAAUCCCGAGUAGAAUACAAAUUCCUUAAAAAAAAAAAAAUUCAGCAAGUGACAGAUUGUCACAAAUUAUUGCUAUAAGCCAACACCUGUACAGUCUAAUUAACUGAGUUCACUUACUAAGUUCAGUUGCUCUAGUCCACAGGUUCUCAAGCAUUUACAAGUCAUGACCAGAUUCAUAUAGAAGCAAAGUGACCUGAUGUUUUAGAAAAAAUAGCUUUUAUAUUGGGUAAAUGCUUGGAAAGAAAAACCUUUUAAAAACUUUAUUUUUUUAGUAUAAGCGAAUUGUUGACAUAUUUGGUGUCAUAGUUGGACAUAUUUGGUGUCAUAGUUGGACAUAUUUGGUGUCAUAGUUGGACAUAUUUGGUGUCAUAGUUGGACAUAUUUGGUGUCAUAGUUGGACAUAUUUGGUGUCAUAGUUGGACAUAUUUGGUGUCAUAGUUGGACAUAUUUGGUGUCAUAGUUGGACAUAUUUGGUGUCAUAGUUGGACAUAUUUGGUGUCAUAGUUGAAAUUUUAACUGAAACUUUAAGACACCAAUUUAAAAAAAAACGCUAUUUGAAAAUCACUACUUCCCUGGGUCCAUUGUUUGACCCGGCAACUCACAUAAAUCCCUUUGAGGUUACCUCCCAUGACUUGGAAACCUUUGUUCUAGUGAUUGGAUCAUCCCAAGAUGUUCAUGUGUCAAACUACCUGUAUGUUAUGGAGUCCUGUUUUAAUUACCAAAAUCAACAUGGUAAGACAUAUUCAUAUAUAGAUACAUUUAUUAACUUUCCAAAGUGGUUUUUAUUUGAAACAAAACCCUUGUUACAAGUUGUCAGAAACAUUUACUUGUAAAUAUUUAGUUACAGAUUCAAAACUAGAAUUAGCGACUUGUAAAGAAUGAACAACUCUUAUUAACGUGUUGAGAGUUUUUGUCUAAAAUCGAACAAAAUUAUUAGCUAGUUAUCCAUUACUAGGAAGAAGUUUUGGAGAAUGGAACAAAUGACUAACCUCUAAACCAACCUUCGCAUCGUCUAUAAAAAUCAAAUUUAAUAGUUUAAUUCAGUUAUAAUAAGUAUUUAAUUAAAUUAAUUUUAUCCAUAUAUCUGAAUGUCUUUGACAUAGGGGCCCACAUGAGAAGACAACUUAUACCUGAAUGUCUUUGACAUAGUGGCCCACAUGAGAAGACAACUUAUACCUGAAUGUCUUUGACAUAGUGGCCCACAUGAGAAGACAACUUAUACCUGAAUGUCUUUGACAUAGUGGCCCACAUGUGAAGAUAACUUAUACCUGAAUGUAUUUGACAUAGUAGCCCACAUGUGAAGACAACUUAUACCUGAAUGUCUUUGACGUAGUGGCCCACAUGUGAAGACAACUUAUACCUGAAUGUCUUUGACAUAGUGGCCCACAUGUGAAGACAACUUAUACUUGAAUGUCUUUGACAUAGUGGCACUCAUGUGAAGACAACUUAUACCUGAAUGUCUUUGACAUAGUGGCACUCAUGUGAAGAUAACUUAUAUCUUAAUAUCUUUUCUUUGUUUAGGUGGAAGCUAUCCCAGCAGCCAAGAUAUGGUAUGAAACUUCUACAUUUUCUCAAAGAUACAGAAUUAUUAAAAAUGCAAUAAUUAAUUUUAACAUAAAUAUUACAAAAAUUAAAUUAAUUAUGUCUCUUGAGUAAUCCUUUUCAUUUAAAUUCAGAAUUGAACAUUGAAAACUAAAAGACUAUCACAUUUCUUGUCCCAUUUUGAUUAGGAAGGAUAAAACGCUGUUAAUUUGUAUCUGUAAUCAUCAUGUCAAUAGAAAUAUUAUCAUCCUCAUUCUAAGACACUGCAUUCACAGCCACAUUAGUCUUACAUUAGUCUUACAUUAGUCUUACAUUAGUCUUACAUUAGUCUUACAUUAGUCUUACAUUACGCAAUAGGAACGUCUUGCUCUAAAUAAAUGUUUGAAUUGUUCUUGUCCUUAAUUUGACAGUGUCAACGUUGGAGGGCCACAGACCCAAUAUUGCUCAGACCCAGGAAGUGUAAGUUGGCUUGCUAAUGGCCGAGCAUGUUCCUAAGCUCUAAAGAAACAUUUAUUUAAUAUUGUGGCUUAGUUGGAUAGCCAGGGGUCAGGGCAUUAGCAAAUAUUAUGUCCGGGGUAUUAGUCUAGCAAAUAUUGUGCACUGGGCAUUAGUUUAGCAAAUAUUGUGCACUGGGCAUUAGUUUAGCAAAUAUUGUGCACUGUGCAUUAGUUUAGCAAAUAUUGUGCACUGUGCAUUAGUUUAGCAAAUAUUGUGCACUGUGCAUUAGUUUAGCAAAUAUUGUGCACUGUGCAUUAGUUUAGCAAAUAUUGUGCACUGGGCAUUAGUUUAGCAAAUAUUGUGCACUGGGCAUUAGUCUAGCAAAUAUUGUGCACUGGGCAUUAGUUUAGCAAAUAUUGUGCACUGGGCAUUAGUUUAGCAAAUAUUGUGCACUGUGCAUUAGUUUAGCAAAUAUUGUGCACUGUGCAUUAGUUUAGCAAAUAUUGUGCACUGGGCAUUAGUUUAGCAAAUAUUGUGCACUGGGCACUAGUUUAGCAAAUAUUGUGCACUGGGCACUAGUUUAGCAAAUAUUAUGUCCCUGUUAUUAGCCAAAUCAUAUCAAUAAUUAUGAUAACUUUUUCCUGCACUUUUCUUUCAUAAAGUGACCCUGUGCCCUUUCAACACCUUGAUUAGCAUAUUCUAAAACGUUAUAGUUUACUUAAGUGUAAGAGACUUUAGUGUAUUUUAAAAAUAAUGCAGGUACAGCCAGUCUUUAAGUACGAUCCUAAAAUUAAUUUUUGUUUGCAUAUUCUAUUAUGUCACCAGUAAUAAGAUAUCAAUGUGAAUAAAACACAUCAACACGGGGGUCAGCGCCACAUCAACACGGGGGUCAGCUCUAUCAGUUUGGUAUUAACCUGUCAUUAUUUCAUUCAGGGUCAGAUGUAUCAGUGUGUAAAGACACUGUCCAGUAAUGUGUACCUAGAGUUUGUUGGUGAUGAUGCCGGAGAGUCAGAUAUCCAGUUUUGGUACCGUUUAGUUCUGGGACCAUUACCAGGUAUGUCAGUAUUUAGUUAUAGGACCAUUACCAGGUAUGUCAUUGUUUAGUUAUGGGACAAUUACCAGGUAUGUCAUUGUUUAGUUAUGGGACCAUCACCAGGUAUGUCAUAUGGGACCAUUACCAGGUAUAUCAUUGUUUAGUUAUGGGACCAUUACCAGGUAUGUAUUUGUUUGUUAUGGGACCAUUACCAGGUAUGUUAUUGUUUGUUAUGGGACCAUUUCCAGGUAUACAGACCUGUUUACUCUUACGAUUUUGGCGUACAAUGUACGAUUUUGAGUUGUAAACAUUAUAUAUACUGUAUGUUUAUUUUUUAAUAUUAAUCUAAGGUAUUGAACGAUUUUGUGAUGAUAUUGUACGAUUUUAAGAGUUUGAGGGUAAACAGGUCUGGGUAUAUCAUUGUUUAGUUAUGGGACCAUUACCUGGUAUGUUAUUGUUUGUUAUGGGACGAUUAUCAGGUAUAUCAUUGUUUAGUUAUGGGACCAUUACCAGGUAUGUUAUUGUUUAGUUUUGGGACCAUUACCAGGUAUGUUAUUGUUUGUUAUGGGACCAUUUCCAGGUUUGUUAUGGGACCAUUUCCAGGUAUGUCAGCAUUUAGUUCUGGGACCAUCAUCAUUUAUGUCAGCAUUAUUACCUGUUGAUCAAUGACAUAUCAACAGAUGAUUAGGUUAAGCAUUUUGUUACAAUAUCUGUCGGCUCAAUCAUGUGUUGGAAACUUUUUAUAAUUUGAAAAAUGAUUGAAAAUAUUCAGCUUUGUCCUAGUACAAUUAUAGACUUUGCAUUUAAUGACUUUGUAAUAGAAAAGUAAUAGACAAAGUAAUAGACAAAGUAAUAGACAAAGUAAUAGAAAAAGUAAUAGACAAAGUAAUAGACAAAGUAAUAGACAAAGUAAUAGACAAAGUAAUAGAAAAAGUAAUAGAAAAAGUAAUAGAAAAAAACUUAUUAUUUUCUCAUCACAGUGAUACAGACAUAAACAAUUUUUCCUUGCAGCUGAUGACACAGAAGAUCGUUGGUGCGAUGACCACCAUAGAGACAGAUAUCCGUCAUCUCUGAGGACGUUACCUGAUGGUUAUUCUUUGAACUUGGAACCGACCAAUCCCUCAAAUGGUGGUACGAUCACGACAAUUCCUCAAUCAUUAUUUGUUUCCUUGCUACCACUGUCAGUCUCUUUAAUCAAAUAUUUAAAUUGAUUCACUGAGAAUGUGUAAAUUCACUUUCUAUCACAGACACGAAUCUGAUGAGAUUAAACUCAUAUUUUUGUUAAAUACAUUUUUAUUCCUAAAUUCAACAAUUUGUUUUAUUUUAAACUGUAUCACAUAAAGAAGUGAAUUGUUUCAUCUGGAAAACAGUUUUUUUAUCUUGAAAUGAUUCUGUUAGUCAAACAAUUCGUAUCAAAUGGUUUUUACUAUAAUUAAUGAACAUUGAAAAUGUUUUUUAAAAAAAUGAAAUUAUGAAUUGUUGUGUUUUAAAUUUUAACUACAGGAAUACAGGACUCUUACUGUUUCCUACUGUCAAUUUGUAUUUACAAAAUUGAAAAAAAUGUCAAUAGUGUUCAAUAUGCAACAUAUUUGAUGUAAAACUGUUGAGCCGAAUAGAAUGUACAUGGGUUUUUUUUAUACUUGUAUAAAUUUAUAUCUGAAAUAAAUGAUAUUUUUGUGAUAACACAUUCCAUGUAAAACUGUUGGGCCAAAUAGAAUGUAGAUAUUUUUAAACUUGUAUAAAUUUAUAUUUGAUAUAAAUGAUAUUAUUGUGAUAGCACAUUCAAGUAUGUUAGUGGUUUUUAACCCUUGUCACUCGUCAGUGUGUCACAAGGUAUUGUGUCAUUUGGUAGUGUCUUACUCGAUGGUGUGUCACCAGUUUCCAAAUGAUUGUUGUAAGAAUUUGCUACACAUGAAAGAAAUUAAAGAAGAGUGAUACAUGUUGGUGUUGUAGUGAAACACGAGAUGGACACAAUUGUAGUGUUGCUUAGGGAACUUUCAUAAUUAGUUCUAGCUUUUCAUAGAUGAAAAACGUUGAAAACCACUGGAUGAUCAUGUUGAUACAUGAGUCCUGCCAUCAUAAAAUUCACGACAAGUGGAGUUGUCUACAUGGUAUGUUGUACUUAUCUUCCGUACUUUGAUCGUCUUAACUAACUUGCACUUCUGUGGUACACCAAAACUUCCAUCGAUCUGGCAUCACAUCAAUAAAUGCAGACUACUAGUAAAGACUAUCUCAGUCUUUCACACAAUCACAUCUAUUUCACAGUGUAACAUAAACACAGGCUUGGUUUCUUCAGCAGUCCAGACAAAGAAGGGAAAUGUUUGCUUGUAUUUGGUUUUUUCUUUUUGUUUUGGUUUACAUGGUUUUUUGAGGAUUCUGUUUACUGGUACAUGGUUUUUUGAGGAUUCUGUUUACUGGUACAUGGUUUUUUGAGGAUUCUGUUUACUGG